CAUCCUCAGAGAGCCCCAGGGACUCCACGCCGCGAGGGGGAGCCCGAGCCAUUCUUGCCUCUCUGGCCCGCACCGCCCGCGAGCUGGUAGAUAUCCCAGAGUUCCACUCGUCGGAGGUCCUUCCGCCGCGGCAGCCAUUGUAGAACAACAGCCAUGGCUCUGCGCUACCCCAUGGCCGUGGGCCUCAACAAGGGUCACAAGGUGACCAAGAACGUGGGCAAGCCGAGGCACAGCCGCCGCCGCGGGCGUCUCACCAAACACACGAAGUUCGUGCGGGACAUGAUCCGGGAGGUGUGUGGCUUCGCCCCUUACGAGCGACGCGCCAUGGAGCUGCUCAAGGUUUCCAAGGACAAGCGGGCCCUCAAGUUCAUCAAGAAAAGGGUGGGCACACACAUCCGCGCGAAGAGGAAGAGAGAGGAGCUGAGCAACGUCUUGGCCGCCAUGAGGAAAGCGGCAGCCAAGAAGGACUGAGCCCUUCCCUUCUGUUCACAAUAAAUCUUGCCAAAAACUCGG